AUGGCAAGUCUUGAAGUGGAUGAGAGUGGAGUAAGGUUUUCUGCUAAUGGUUUUGCUGUAACCAAGAAAGUUGUUGAGACUGAAACAGUUGCAGAGUCUGUUAUUGAUAGCAGCCCUGUUUUUGUUACUAUGGAGAAAGAAGAAAAGGGUGUGUGUGUUAAUGAUGUUGUAAUGGGGUUUCCAGUUAAUCUGAAUGGUGUUGUGAACAAAACUGGAAAUUUGAAAGAAGGUAAGAAAAAGGGUGCUGCUGAAGCUAAUCUUGAUGCAAAUGGGAAAAAACAGAGGAAUAAUAAUGCCGAGAAAAACCGUGACUUUCAUGUGGGCGAUUUCGUGUGGGGUAAAAUCAAGAGCCAUCCAUGGUGGCCCGGCCAGAUAUACGAUCCGAAGGAUGCCUCGGAAAUUGCCGUCAAACACAGCCAGGAGGGCCGUUUACUGGUGGCCUUCUUCGGGGAUGGUUCCUGUUCUUGGUGCUCGCCUUCUCAGCUCGUGCCCUUUGUCGACAAUUUCAAACGAAUGUCGAAUGGAAGCUCGAGUAAAAGCUUCCAUAAUGCAAUACAUUGUGCUUUGAACGAUUUGGCAAGGCUCGUUGAGCUCAGCGUGACUUGCGAGUGUGUGCCUUUGGAUAAAAGAGAUGGGCUCGCUCGACCCAUCGUGUCUAAUGCUGGGAUAAGGAAAGGAGUUCUUGUGCCGAAUGUUGAGAUUGGCCGAAUUAAUGUCCCUAAUUAUGGGUCAACUCAUGUUCUUGAUAAAUUGAUGAGUUUUGCCAAGUGUGAUUCGUUUGACUCGUUUUUGGAGCUUGCAGUCUUGAAAUGUUGGCUUUCCGCAUUUUAUCGUUCUAGGGGUGGUCAGAAGUUGCCCGUUUACCAAGAGCCCGUUUGGAUUGAAGGGCUCGAGGAUAAGAACAAAUCCGUGAAGGACCUGUCUGGUGAAGAUUUUAGUGUUCCGAUCGCGGUGCCUAUUCUGGGCCCACAGAAAAGUGUUGCAGAGCUUAUGGGAAAGAGAGCCAAAGAGAGCAUUUUGGAUGAAGGUAAAAGUGAGGAUAGAGUGAAAAAUGGUUCUUUAUCUAGAAAACAGAAGGAAAAUGAAGUUGGAGAAGGUGAGAAUAUUUCGUGUGAUGAAAUUCAAAUGAUAUAUUCACGGAGGGAAAGGAAAAAGAGCAAGUAUCUGUCUCCUCCUUAUACGAAUCCCAGCGUUAGUCUUGCGAAUUUCGGGUCUAACAUGAAAUCGGGCUCUGACAAAUCUACCAAGAGAGACCAUUCUAACGUGAAAUCGCGCUCUGAUAAAUCAGUUGAUGAUGAAGCAUUUGAUGGGGAACUGACUACUGCUCAACUGAAAGAUCUAGACACGAGUAAUCAGAAAUCGAGCUUUUUAUCAUCUGAUGUUUAUCUUCAAGGGGAUGAGUUGCUGUCUGAAGUCCCUGUUAAUCCUCUGUACCUGAGCAAGAAGAAUUCUCUUGAUCCGAUCUGUUCAUUUAUAUCUGCAAUCAGAAGGUCUGCAUACUUUCAAACCGGGGGAAAGAAAAGAAAAACAUUGAAAAAUCAAGAAAAUGGUGACACACCAAAAAAGGCAAAAAAAUCAGCUGAUGACUCGAAAAUGCCCAAAGCAGUGAAAAAGAAAUCUGAAGGGAGAAAGGCUCGUGCUGAAAACAGUGCAAAGAACUUUGAAGGAAGUGCCUCAACGUGCCUCAUUGUGACGUUCUCUCCUCGAUUUCCACUUCCCAACAAGGAACAAAUCGUGAGGCUCUUUGGUAAAUUCGGCAGACUUAAUGAGAAGGAAACAAAAGUGUUUGCCGAGUCUCAUGCUAUCCGUAUCGUCUACACGAAGGAAUCUGAUGCUGAAAUAGCUUUUAUAUUGUCCGUUAGAGAGAGCCCAUUUGAUGUAGAAAAUGUUAAUUACUGGUUGAAGCAUUCUUCUUCGGGCGGCAAACAAUCCGAGCCCUUGAUUUCUGCACGGGCUUAUGUUAAACCGUGCUCUUCUCAACCGGUGGAUGAAUUUAUGGUGGAUGUAAGGGCAAUCAGGCAAAAGCUCGAGAUAAUGAGUGCUAUUCUGGAAAACUACCACCCCAAAUUUUUGAGUGAGGAAAAAUCAGGCUUGAAAGAUGACGUGAAGCAGCUGAUGGAGAAUGUGGAGACGUUUAGUGACAAGGUGCAAUUGAUGGCUGAGAAUACCAUUACCACUUCUUGA